CAAAAUAAUGUUCCUCCUCAUAGGACAGGCUUUACGCUGACUGAUGUGGGAAAUUUACAAUGUGUCUUAUUUGGUGGGGUUACAAGUGACCUCGUGGAAUCACCGUACUUUGUAGAGAACAGGUAUAGAUGUGUCCCAGCAGAUGGAUUGUUCCAAAAACUUAAUUGUACAAAUAUGUCGUGGGUCACUGUAGAGGUACCAUCCCUUGAACCCAGGGCAUACCAUACAUGCACCUUAAUUUCAAAGGAGACUAUUACACUUGCAAUCAUUGGGGGUACUGUUUUUAAAGGUCACAUUGCA